AUGUCAAAGACAGUGUUCCCAUUUGAUGAUAUCUUUCGUAUAACUUUCUCUGGUUCAUUUCUUCCAUCUCAGAGCAAAACUGGAGAAAUUAUUCCAGGAGAUGUCUCUGAUCCACAUUUUGAAAAAUUCAAUCUCCAAAACGCACCUGUGAUUCCUUCAUGGAGACAGAAAGUCAUGAGAAAUUCGUCGACUUCAUUUACACCAAGCAACGCAUCAGAAACUUCUUCGACAGAAACUACAGCAACCGAUCAUUCUGUUCCUUAUCAAUCUGAAAUUAUGAACUCCAAUGCAGAAAAACCUCUAUCAAGAAUUCCAAAGAAAACUAACAAAAAUAAAGUGGAAUACAUCCCGAGAGCCGAUUGUAUUAAGUCACCACACUCUGCAACCUUUUGA